UAAGUGUGAAUGGAUUUAAAAAAACAACAAGAAAGUUUUAAAAAUCGUUAUAGUGCAUAGUCAUAAGAUUAACGAGUGAAGAAAUUAUUCAAAAAUGUCGUCAUCUAGCCCAUCCGAACUAGAAAUAGAACACACUGAUAAUGAGGAUCCUUUGAUUCAUGAUUGUGAAGACAAAAUACGUGAUUUCAAAGAAGUUGAAAUUGAAGAUAAGUUUAACAGUGUGAAACGAAAAUUAGUAUCAGAUGUGCAUGCUGCAAAAAAACCUAAAAUUAAGGAAGAAAUUGAAAAUCAUUAUUCAGAUUGUGAAAAAGAAAAUCACAAUUCACCAAUUAUAGAGGAAAUCACAAGAGAAGAUAGUAAAGUAAAAGAGGAGGCACAAAAUAAUGAGGAUGAUGAGAAUGAAACAGGGAAUGAAAUUGAAAUGACUGAAAAGGAAAAUAAGUUGGAUGAAGAUGAAACUGAUAAUAAAAAUGAAGCAAUCUCAAAAGAGAAGAAGGAUAAGAAGGAAAAUGAGAAAAAGUUCCAAAACCUGAGAAAAAAUAUUAAAGACGUUCUUGAUGAAUCUCAGCUAGAUGCAACUACAUUGGCAGCACAGCGACAAGAAUCCGAACGUUUAGCCAGAUUGCAAGAAGCCCAAAGAGUUGUAAGAGAAACACAACGUCAAAUUGCCGCUGAAAAACAUGCAAAUAAAACUCAACAAAAAGUUUUAUCUUUAUUGGGUGAUCAAUCGAAUGAACAGAAUAACUCAACAAUUGACUUAGAUGAUCCAUUAUUUGAAAAACUUUCACUAAAUCCGGCAAUUAGUAUUACUCCUGCAUGUAAAGAGACUCUUCAAUCAAUUCAAUCAUUAAUUAGUACCGAUGAUAAAAUUCCUGAUUCUGAUGAUGAUGAUGUCAUAAUUCAACCACAGGAGCCUAUCGAAAAAUCUAAAGCUGUUAUUGUUGACAGUUCCUCAGAUUCAGAUGAUUGCAUUAUACUAUCAGACGAAGAAGAGGAAGAUGAGGACGAGGACGAUGAAAAUAACAGUGGAGAACAUACAAAUGAUGUUUAUAAUAAGCACGAUGCAGAAGGUCGUGUUAUUAUAAAUAUAGGUCACAAUGAAAACGAACCAGACGUUUUUGUUGCACCACAAAUUGCAAAAGUAAUCAAACCUCAUCAAGUUGGUGGCGUACGCUUCCUUUAUGAUAACAUUAUCGAAAGUAUUGAGUUAUUUGAAAAAUCAACAGGAUUUGGCUGCAUAUUAGCGCAUUCUAUGGGAUUAGGAAAAACACUACAAUUAGUUUGUUUCUGUGAUAUUUUUUUAAGACAUACCAAUUCUAAGACGGUUCUUGUAAUCAUGCCAAUUAAUACACUUCAAAAUUGGAAUAAUGAAUUUAAUAUGUGGAUUCCGUCGCCUGAAGAUGUUGAUAAAUGUCCUCUGAAUGGAGAGUGUGAAAUUAGACCGAGAAAUUUCAAAAUUCACGUUCUCAAUGAUAGUCACAAGUCUCUAGCAAUGCGGUCUAAAGUUGUAUUAGAAUGGAAAAAGGAAGGAGGAGUUUUAAUGAUGGGCUACGAAAUGUUUCGAUUAUUAAGUCUUAAAAAGGUCAAACAAAAGCGUAAGAAAGGUGGAAUCAAUAAUCUGGAAAACGAUGUUACUUCAACUGAGGAUCAAGAUAUGUUUGAUAAAAUUUAUGAUGCACUGGUUAAUCCAGGUGCUGAUUUGAUUGUAUGCGAUGAAGGACAUCGCAUAAAAAAUGCAUCUGCCAGUACAUCAUUAGCUCUAAAACAAGUAAAAACCAAGAGAAGGGUUGUCUUAACUGGAUAUCCUCUUCAAAAUAAUUUAUUAGAAUAUUGGUGCAUGGUUGAUUUCGUUCGACCAAGUUAUUUAGGAACAAAAACUGAAUUUUCAAAUAUGUUUGAAAGACCAAUUCAAAAUGGUCAAUGUAUUGAUUCAACACCCCAAGAUUGCAAAUUAAUGCGCUACAGGGCCCAUGUUUUACAUUCGCUUUUAAAAGGAUUUGUGCAAAGAAGAUCGCAUUCAGUGCUUCAAAAAUGUUUACCAGAUAAAACUGAACACAUUUUACUUAUUAGAUUAACUCCAUUCCAAAGAAAGCUCUAUACAGUAUUCAUGGAUGAAGUAGUAAGGUCUAAAAAGGUUCCAAAUCCACUAAAAGCAUUCGCAGUAUGUUGCAAAAUAUGGAACCAUCCUGAUGUUUUAUAUAAUUUUUUGAAGAAAAGAGAACUUGAUCUUGAAAUUGAAUUAGAGGAAAAUGAUGCUGAUCGGAAAAAUGAACCGGCUUCAAACAUUAAAAAAAGAGGCAGAAAAAGUAAGGAUAAAGAUAAAGAUAAAAUGAAACAGGAAGAGCAAAUUAAUUUAAGCAUCGUUAAGAAAAAUGAUUCCGAAGAAAUCAAUCCAAUAAGACUUGAAGUGUCAAAAAACAUUCCACAAACAGCAUCAGACACAUUCAAACCACCUGUAACACCUUCAAGUAACGAUAGUGCAUAUUCCUCAAAUCAAUCGCUUUCAAGUAAUUAUGAAGGUCCUAAUACAUAUAACUCUUAUUCAAAUUACCAAAAUUAUGACGUUAAUAAUUAUCAAAAUUAUAACUAUCCAAAUGGAAAUUUCUCUAAUUGGAAUAAUACAAACUCCAACUCUUAUUGGCAAAAUAACUAUUAUCAGCCUGAUAAUUUUUAUCAUCCUCCAAACUCAUAUCAACCAUACUAUGGAAAUCAACAGAUCACCGAUACAAAACCGUUGCAGUGCAAUAACACAACCAAACAGGAAAAGGAUAAUAUAAAGGUGGAACCAUCGCAAAAUUUACCUGUGGAUAAAAAUCCAAAACCUAUUCUUGAUGGUGGUUUAUUAGCAGAUGUAAUACAGAAAGAAGCUAAAGAGCAGCAAGAAAAGAAUAAUACGAAUAAAGAAGAUAUUGCGGACACAAUUGUACUCAAAAAUAGUUCGCGCGAUGAUGGAAUUCCUUACGAUUGGGCCGUUGAUUUGAUGAAAGAUUAUGUUCCUGAUUUAAUAGAAAACUCACCCAAAUUAGAAAUAUUUUUGUGCAUUUUAAACGAAAGCAUUAAAUUAGGCGAUAGACUUCUUGUCUUCUCUCAAAGUCUUCUUACUUUAAAUUUACUGGAGAAAUUUCUACAACGUUUAAAAAUUCCCAAUUCUGAAAAGUGUUGGGCAAAAAAUCAGAGCUAUUUUCGACUUGAUGGUUCAACAGCUGCUCUAGAGCGCGAAAGACUUAUUAAUGAAUUUAACUCAAACAUUGAUUACAAACUUUUUAUGGUAUCAACAAGAGCUGGAUCUCUUGGUAUCAAUUUAGUUGGUGCAAAUCGUGUUGUCGUUUUUGAUGCAUCAUGGAAUCCAUGCCAUGACACUCAAGCAAUAUGUCGUGUCUAUAGAUACGGACAAACAAAACCAUGUUACGUUUAUCGUCUCGUUGUUGAUAACUGUUUGGAAAAGAAAAUAUAUGAUCGUCAAAUUAAUAAACAAGGUAUGGCAGAUCGUGUUAUUGACGAGUGCAAUCCAGAUGCACAUUUAUCGAUUAAAGAAGUGACAUCGUUAUGUUAUGAUGAUGGAGAUGAUCCUGAGAUUAAAGAUUUUACAAGUCAAUGCGAAAACCAUCAUGAUUUUGUUAUGAAAAAGAUUUUAAUUGAUUAUCCAAAGGCUCUGACAAAAGAACCUUUUCAACAUGAAAGUUUGUUGAUUGAUAGAAAAGAAAAGAAAUUGUCACAAGCUGAAAAAAGAUUAGCACAACGUGGCUACGAAAUGGAAAAGCAAGCAGCAAAUAAAACUUCAUUUAAUUAUAAUACAGUAGGAAAUAACUAUAGAUUAUUUAGAACACCAGACGGUACAUUAAUUCAAAGACCAGUCAUUUCGAAUACUCAUAUUCCACCAAUUCCAACUCCUAAUAUUCAAAAUCCAAAUCAGAAUCCAGCAAUCAGAGCAGAGAAUCCAAGACCUAAUCGAUGGGUACCAGUUGAAGUUUGGCAAAGCAAAGGAAUCAUCGCUCAAGAAAUGACACUUCCACAGGAUGUUUCAAUUCAAACGAAUUCGGCCGAUAAAUCAAAAAUAUUCUUGAAAGCUGGACAGAAAAUCAUUGUUCUUAAAUCACCGAGAGGUAUAUGCUUACAGUUGGAAAGUGGAAAAGUAAUUGCAAUCAGAGCAUCAAUGAAAACUGGCCAACCAAAUGUUCCGUGUGAUUUAAAGAAUUCUGGUAUUCCAGGGAUAUUAGAAGCAAACGAUGCAGGUGAACUUCAAAAUAGAAAAACAAUUGUUAAUUCUGAUGAUGUUAUUGAUAUGACUAAUAGUGACGACGAUGAUGAUAGUAAUGUUAAAUCAUCCAUCAAAAGUGAUUUUAAAGAGAAUCAGUUCGAUUCGAAAGGAGUUGAAAAUGAAAGCAACAUUGAAAUUCUUAAGGAAGAUAUUGUUUUUAAAGAAAAACCAGUAUACAAACCAAAUUUAGUUCACAGAAAACCGAAAAUUAUGCCUCCUCCUACACCGGUCAACACAACUUCAGUAACUUCGGUUGUUACCACGUCACCUGCUUCACAAUCCAAUCAAUCUAAUAUCGACAGUCAAUCUUCGUCAUUUGAUACUAAUGAUUAUCAUAAAUGGAAUAGAUUUAAUAAUAAGUCAUCAACAAACUAUUCAAAUCAAGCAUACCAAGAUUUAGAAAGAACUUCGAAAAGUAAUGAUCAUCAAACCUCUUUCACGAAUCCGUAUAAUUCCUCAAAUUCUGUAACAGUUAAAAGUGAAUCCAAUGAUGAAAAUCCAACAAGUGAUCCUUUAGUUGCAAAUAAUUCUUCAGCUUUUCAUGCUCCACCAUUUCCAAAUACCUUUAUGCAGCCUCCAUCUCAGUACUCAACACAUAACGCAUACCCACCUUAUCAAAAUAAUAGUAGUAAUGGUAGUAAUAACUAUAAUUACCCAUCUUCUAAUUAUAACUAUUAUCAACAACCAUUUUCGAAUUCACCGAGACCGUAUCUUCCUCCACAUAAUAAUUAUGAUCCACAAUAUUCUUUUGGAUACAAUCAAUAUCCUAGCACACAAAUGUUACCAAGUUCUUAUUCUAAUACCGUACCAACAACAACUGCUACAACAACAAUGACCCCAUCAUCUUCCAAUACUAAUUAUAGUCGAUGGGACUGGAAUAAGUAGGUCUGAAUAAUGUAAUCGCAUAGCCAGAUGGGUUCUAAAUUAAAUUAGAUAAUAAAUGUACACAAAAGUAAAAUAUGAAAAAGAAUUACUUUAUUGUCACACUUUCUUAGAAGAUUAUAAUUAUAACUGUGUAUUGACUAAUGCUAUAAAGUUAAUAUUCGUAAUUUUUUGCAUUGUAUGCCAAAAAAGUAAUAAAGCUUCUCAUAAAGAAGCAUUCUGUAAAACUUUCUCUAAUUUUAGAAUAA